GCAUCAUCAUCAAUUGAGUGGUCACCCAUUCUUUUGGUGCCUAAUUACUACGGUACGGUAAAUUUAUAGCUCUAUAUGCUCUGUAAAAAGGGUUAAGGGUAUAUCUAAACAGGUGGUGGAGGCCGGGAGGGGGGAUCUGCAUUCUGCGCUCUCAGCGAGAAUGGAUUUUGAGUGCGGGGGAGGGGCAGCAGGACUCAGUGAAAUUGAGGUCCCGUUGUCGGAGCCUUGCUCUCGCUCUUGACUCACUUUGAACUCGAAAAAUUCCGGGGCAAUAUCUCCAAGUUCUAAGUCGGAUCCAAGUCCAUUGACCCCCAUUCUGCUCAGAGAUUUUGACCGGACCAUUGGCAAUUUGCUCGCCGGCAACAAUGGCUCAAUUACCGGACCCCACCGUCGACCUCGACUGGUCGGGCUACGUCGGCUCGAUCCAGGAGCACUUCCGGGCCCAGGCCGAAGCCCAUCCCGAGCGUACCUGCGUCGUCGAGACCAAGUCCUCCACCACCCCCCAGAGGAGUUUUACCUAUCGCCAGAUCUACGAGGCUUCCAACACGCUAGCAUGGUACCUGCACAACGCCGGCGUCACCAAUGGGGAUGUGGUCAUGAUCUGGGCCCACAGAUCGGUCGAUCUGGUUGUGGCACUGAUGGGCAUCCUGGCCUCCGGCGCAACCAUGACCGUUCUCGACCCUGCCUACCCUCCGGCGAGGCAACAAAUCUAUCUCGAAGUGUCCCAGCCGCGCGCCCUGCUCAGAAUCGGCCGUGCCACCGACGAGAACGGGCCCCUGGCCCCCGUGGUCCAGAAGUACAUCGACGAUGAACUACAACUCAAGACCGAUGUUCCCGACCUAAGGCUCCGCGACGACGGCAUUCUCUAUGGCGGCGAGGUGGACGGGCAGGACAUAUUCGCAAGCGUGAGGCAACUCGCGUCCUCUCCCCCUGACGUGGUUGUCGGUCCCGACUCGAAUCCGACACUCUCCUUCACAUCUGGUAGCGAGGGCCGGCCGAAGGGCGUGCUGGGCCGCCACUUCAGCUUGGUCAAGUACUUUGGUUGGAUGGCUGAGCGCUUCAACCUAUCCUCCGAGAGCAGAUACACCUUGCUGUCAGGAAUUGCACACGACCCUGUGCAGCGCGACAUCUUCACACCGCUGUUCCUCGGCGCCCAGCUUCUGGUCCCUUCCCGGGAAGAUAUCCAGCACGAGAAGCUCGCCGAAUGGAUGCGUGAGCACAAGCCGACCGUCACCCACCUCACCCCAGCCAUGGGUCAGAUUCUUGUCGGCGGUGCUACCGCAGAGUUCCCAAGCCUGGAGCACGUCUUCUUUGUCGGCGACGUUCUGACCACGAGAGACUGCCGCGCCCUUCGACGGCUGGCCGUCAACGCCAACAUUAUCAACAUGUAUGGCACGACCGAGACACAGAGGGCUGUCAGCUACUACGAGAUUCCCAGCCGGGCGCGGGACCCCGACUACCUGGACAAGCUCAAGGACACCGUCCCUGCUGGAAAGGGAAUGCAGAGCGUCCAGCUCCUCGUCGUCAACAGGGAGAACCGCACAGAGAUGUGCAAGAUUGGCGAGGUUGGCGAGAUUUUUGUCCGGGCGGCUGGCCUUGCAGAGGGUUAUUUGGGCGACCCAGUGCUGAACGAACAGAAGUUUCUGAUGAACUGGUUCGUCGACAACGAGAAGUGGGUCGAAGCUGACCAGAAGCUCAAUAAGAACGAGCCCUGGCGUCGGUAUUACAAGGGUCCAAGGGAUAGACUGUACCGCACUGGAGACCUAGGGCGGUACCUUGAAUCAGGGGACGUUGAGUGUGUCGGUCGUGCCGAUGACCAGGUCAAGAUUCGUGGCUUCCGCAUCGAGUUGAACGACAUUGACAGCAACUUGAGCCAAAACGCUCUCAUUCGCGAUUGCAAGACGCUGGUACGGAGAGACCGGAACGAGGAACCCACGCUCGUCAGCUACAUCGUCCCGGAGCUCAAGGAAUGGCAGCGCUGGCUCCACGACCGAGGCCUGGCGGAUGUGGAAGACGAGGGCGUCGAAAUGGGUCCGGUUACCGUCUUUUUGCAGAAGUACAGGCGAAUGCAGACCGAGGUGCGCGAUCACUUGAAGACUCGCCUGCCCACCUACGCCGUACCCACCAUCUACAUCGUUCUCAACAAGCUCCCGCUGAACCCCAACGGCAAGGUUGACAAGCCCAACCUUCCCUUCCCCGACGUCGCUGAGAGGAUAGAGGGUGCCUCCGAGGAGGACAUAAAGAGUUGGGAGUCCCUCACCGAGACUGAGCGGACGGUGGCCCAGCUCUGGGCGGAUAUCAUCCGUGGUCUGAACCCGAAGACCAUCAAGAGGGACGAUGGAUUCUUUGACCUUGGUGGCCACAGUCUGCUAGCCCAGCAAUUCCUCCUGACUGUCCGCAAGAGCUUGGGCAUCGACGUCCCGAUCAGCACGCUCUACGAGCACUCCAGUCUCGCUGGCUUCAGUGCCCAGGUCGACAAGAUUCGGAACAACGAUACUACUGCCGUAGGGCCCGAAGCAGGCGAAGCCGCCUACGCCAAAUCUCUGGACGAGUUGUUGCAUCAGUUGCCGGAGAAGUACCAGUCUGCCGAUGGUGAGGCGCUCGCCUCACCUGGGCAGUUAACUAUCUUCCUCACCGGUGCGACCGGCUUUCUGGGUUCUUACCUCGUUCGCGAUGUUCUGGAGCGAACUGCUCGGAGCGUCAAGCUCGUUGCCCAUGUACGAGGUGCCAAGGAGCCGUCAGCCGCUUUUACGCGUCUUCAGAGGUCGCUUCAGGGCUACGGCCUGUGGAAGGACGAGUGGAAAAGUAGGUUGAGCGUCGUCGUGGGGGACCUGUCCAAGCCCCAGCUGGGUAUUGAUGACGCUACCUGGCAGCAGCUCGCGCAAGAGGUCGACGUCGUGAUUCACAACGGUGCCAUGGUCCACUGGGUCAAGAGAUACCAAGAUAUGAUGGCAUCCAACGUGCUCUCAACCAUUGACGCCAUGAGGCUCUGCAACGAAGGGAAGCCCAAGGUAUUCUCCUUUGUCAGCUCCACCAGCGUCCUAGAUACGGACUACUACAUUCAAUUGUCGGAGAAACAGACGAGCACUGGCCAGGGUGCCAUCAUGGAAGAUGACGACAUGAGUGGAAGCCGGACCGGUCUCGGCACGGGCUACGGCCAGACCAAGUGGGUUUCCGAACAGCUUGUCCGGGAAGCUGGCAAGCGCGGCCUGGUCGGCUCGGUCGUCAGACCCGGUUACAUCCUGGGCGACUCAAAGACUGGCGUUUGCAACGUCGACGAUUUCCUCAUCCGUAUGCUCAAGGGCUGCAUCCAACUUUCUGCCCGCCCUCGCAUCAUCAACACAGUCAACGCCGUUCCCGUCGACCACGUCGCUCGCGUCGUCGUCGCAUCCGCGUUGAACCCGAUUCCAACCGGCGUUCACGUCGUGCAUGUCACGGCCCACCCCCGCCUCCGGAUGAACGAGUACCUUUCCAUUUUGGAGUACUACGGUUAUCCGACGCCCGAAGUGAGCUACGACGCGUGGAAGGAGGAGCUCGAGAAGUUUGUGUCGGCGGGCGCGCUUGAGAAGGACCAGGAGCAGCAUGCGCUCAUGCCGUUGUACCACUUCUGCAUGAACGACCUGCCGGCGAACACGCGCGCCCCCGAGAUGGACGACCGGAACGCCGUCGCCGUUCUGAAGGCGGACGCUGACAGGUGGACUGGGGUCGACGAUAGCACGGGGUAUAGCGUCAGUAGGGAGGACGUGGGCCGAUAUUUGGCUUACCUGGCGGAGAUCAAGUUUGUUGGGCGGCCAAGCGGGCGGGGCAGGCCUCUGCCCAAGAUGAAGCCUGAGGUGUUGGCCGCGUUGGCGGUCGGUGGGAUGGGUGGGCGUGGUGGUGCACCUUAGAGGUGUCCAUUGGGUGGUCCCCAGUCCCGUGCCGGCAGUUGAUAUCUCUGACGCAGUGAAUCCCCCAGAGCAUCGGCUGUUCUGCAGCUCCGAAUCCAGCUCUACCAGGAAUCGCAAUGUCAAAAGUGGCUUUCUACCGUGCAUAACAUGAUUUUCUGGGGGCCCGCUACAUGUUGUUGGUUACGUUCGGUCACAAGGGGCUUGAGACGUGAAACACUAGGUAUGUAGCUAACAUACCAUUCAAUAAGCAAUUAACAUGCCAAC